UCCCUGAGGUGGUAAUAGCUUGCUUUAGCCUUUGCCGUCUGCUCCCUCGCACGUCAGACGAAUAACGGGCCCCCGCCUCGGUCCCUCGCAGCUACGGCAUCAAAAGGUUGGUCCCAGUCAAGGUCAGUAAUGUCGUUGCCAUUGCUCACCCUGCGCUUCCUUUCGCAAUAUACCUGCGACCCAGCUUCAUUCUCUCCCUGCCAGAAUGACUACACUGCCGGCGCACGCAUCUCCGGCCCUCACCGCUGCGCAGGAUCAUACCGACUUUCCUGACCUCGAUUUCCAAUCACAUCACAGAGAAGAACUCCGGCAAUUGUCACAACCUCCGCCUCCUUCACUGAUAUCGCCCAAAUUCACACCACCUUCUACACCAAGUCUCAACACCACCUCUUUCAACGAAAGAAGUGCUGCAUCAUACCCUGUCGAAGACAAUCCGGCUUCGUCCAACACUCCCGAGCUAGUCAAGAAGCUCCCAGAAGUGACAUGCACCGUACGCGCAAGAAUACCCACCACAACAGGGCAAGAGAUGUGGCUACAUGUAUACAAGAAUGAUAUUGAUACGAAAGAGCAUCUGGCCAUCGUAUUCGGCAGUACCAUCCGAAGCAAAACCUUGGAUGCGCCUCGUCCCGGUGAAACGGAGAUGGAUCGUAUGAUUCGCGGCGCAUACCAAGGACGUCUGCACCCAGGUCGCACAAGUAGCAAGCUGAAGAACGCUGGUUCAGGACAAGCGUCUGAUGCACAGGUGAUACAACAAGCACCGCUCGUACGAAUACAUUCUGAAUGCUAUACCGGAGAAACAGUAUGGUCAGCUCGAUGUGACUGUGGCGAGCAGCUGGAUGAGGCUGCACGACUCAUGGCACUACCCAGUGCAACAGGAGGAGUUAUCAUCUACCUGCGACAAGAAGGGCGAGGAAUUGGCUUGGGCGAAAAGCUCAAAGCAUAUAAUCUUCAAGAUCUUGGCAAUGACACGUAUGAGGCAAACAUAUUAUUAAGGCAUCCGGCAGAUGCCAGAAGUUAUGGUCUGGCUACGGCCAUGCUUCAAGACCUAGGCUUAGGCGGCGAGACUGGCAUACGUCUCCUAACCAAUAACCCCGAUAAAGUCCGAGCCGUCGAGGGCCCUGGAAGAGAGGUCGUCGUCAAGGAGAGAGUUGCUAUGGUACCUCUAGCUUGGAAGACACACGGUAAAAGCGGUAUCAACAGUGAUGAGGUGGAAAAGUACCUCAGUACCAAGGUAUACUUCUGAAUAGCCCUCGCCAAGAGCUCAGUUAGCUAA